AGCUGACCGGAGACACUCUAGUACGCAUGCCCUCCCUGCGAGGUACUGCUGCUUCCAACAACAAGCAGAAGCCAGCAACAUGGCCGACCUGGGGAAGAAGUAUUGCGUGAACUGCCUAGCAGACGUUACAAAUCUGCGGCUUCGCUGUACCGAUUGCCAGGAUAUAGAACUUUGUCCGGACUGUUUCUCUGCAGGCGCCGAAAUUGGUAAUCACCGCCGAUGGCACGGCUACCAGUUAGUAGAUGGCGGGCACUUUACCCUGUGGGGUCCCGAAGCGGAGGGAGGAUGGACGAGCAGGGAAGAGCAGUCGCUACUCGAUGCGAUCGAGCAGUAUGGCUUUGGAAACUGGGAGGAUAUGACUGCCCCAGGCAGGACCCCUCAGGAGGCCAUGGACCACUAUGUUACCAUGUACAUUCAUGGCAACCUCGGGAAGGCUUGCAUACCUGACAACAUCCCCAACCGUGUGACUGACCACACCUGCCCAAGUGGCGGUCCGCUGUCCCCAAGCCUAACCACCCCACUGCCCCCGCUGGACAUCUCUGUUGCUGAGCAGCAGCAGCUGGGCUACAUGCCGCUGCGGGACGACUAUGAGAUCGAGUACGACCAGGAGGCGGAGAAGCUGAUCAGCGGCCUGUCGGUCAACUACGACGACGAGGACGUGGAGAUUGAGAUGAAGCGGGCGCACGUGGACAUGUACGUGCGCCGGCUCCGAGAGCGCCAGCGCCGCAAGAACAUCGCCCGCGACUACAACCUGGUGCCCUCCUUCCUGGGCCGGGACAAGCGGGACAAGGAGCGGGACGGGCGCCCCGGCUCGGGGUUAGCAGGCGUCGGGGUCGGGGGGGGUGGCACAGGGACAGGGGCUGGUGGCGGAGCAGGAGGAGGAGGAGUAGUGGGGGUGGUAGGCGGACUGGGGGCCGCUCCCUUGGGAGCGGGGGGUGCUUCCACGGGCACGGUGGUUCCAUCGGCGGCUGUAGCGCCCAAGCGGAAGAUCACCAAGGAGGAGAAGGAGCAGCGGGUAAAGCUUCGCCCGCUCUGCCAGCUGAUGGCGCACCGCGAGUUCGAGGAGUUCUUCGAGAACCUGCACAAGGAGCGUGUGCUGCGCGCCAAGGUGCGCGAGCUGCAGCGCUACCGCCGCAAUGGCAUCACGCGCCUUGACGAGUCGGCCGAGUACGAGGCCGCCCGGCACAAGCGCGAGAAGCGCAAGGAGAACAAGAGGAGCCAAAGCGGUAGCAGUGGCGGAGGAGGAGGUGGCCAGGGAGGGGGCGGGGGAGGCGGAGGUGGAGGCGGAGGUGGAGGAGGAGGAGGCGGCACGUGUCCCGGAGCGGGCGGCAUCAAGGAGGAGGGCAAGGACGGCGAGUUCUCAGCCAUCGAGAACCUGACAGGCUUCGAAUUGCUGUCUGACCGCGAGAAGGUGCUCUGCAACUCGCUCAACCUCACCCCAGGGCGCUACCUGACUGUCAAGACUAUCAUCAUCAAGGACCACCUGCAGAAGAGGCAGGGGAUCCCUUCCAAGAGCCGCCUGCCCAGCUACCUGGACAAAGUGCUAAAAAAGCGCAUUCUGAGCUUCCUUACGGAAAGUGGCUGGAUAUCCCGGGAUGCAUCCUAACAGCCUGGAAAAUGGACAGGGUGUUUUUUUUUUUCUUUUUUCCCUCAUUUUCUCAUGUCUCAUUAUGUUUGAAAUGGGGCCAAAUUGCUGGACACUACAUGCAGUCCUUAUUCAGAUGUCCAUGUAUUUACUGAUGUACAGUCAAGAAACAGAAACAAUAUUCCAUGUUUUUUAGAAAAAAGAAAGAAAGAAAUCCGUUCCAGUCCUCAACCUGAAAGGAACAAAUAUGCCUCUAUAUUUUAUACUAUACAACAGAGUGAGACUUUACAAAGAGAUAAGAAAAGGUUAGGCUAUAUUUCUAUACAGAAUUCCCUUCUACAUUCGUUUUGCCAAGGAAUCUCACAUACUAAUUAAGGUUUAUAAGCAUUUGGAUGUGGAAGCACUUUUUGCCUCAUUCUGAUGGUGAAGUAAGGGGGGGAGGUCAUUCUCAUUAAAAGAUGAUGUCCUGGAGAACCACAAGAUAUGGCAGCUAACCUUGUCAGGCUGCACUGCUAAAAGGUGCCAUUUUGUCUCCACCAUUGAAUAUCAAUUGCUUUGUGUUGUGGAAAACAAAACAAACAACAACAAAAAACACAACAACUUUGUUCAUCUCCCUCUCAGGUCUCCAUCAUAGUUCUGAUCAAAUCGACAGCUAUGCUGAUGCCUGUGUUGCCUCUUGAGGCUUCAAAGAAGCACAAGGUUCUUUUCUUUUGCCACAGUGUGCAUGUUUCUUUCUUUGCUCUUCCAAUCUCACAGCUUGUCCAUUGACUCUGAAGUGAGUGGAGCUGCGAUGUUUGAGUUUUCCUUGCCCAUCGUGUUGGAUGUGUUGGGCUGAACAUGUUCUUUUUACUGGUGUGUUGGAGGCGCAUAUGGUUUAAGUGCUGUGUUGCAAUUUCUUGUGAAAAAAAAAAAAAGACAUGAGCAUGUUUACUCUUUCCUGCUGAUGCUCAAUGUAGUUUUUUUGUUUUAUAUUCCUUGCGUGAACUGUUGUCGGUCGGGUGUGUGCUUGGUCUAGCUGGCUUUAUUAACAUUGUAAAAUCACUGUUAUGGAUGCAUUGAUAAUAUCUUUGUCCAGGGGGAACUGUCCAGAAGAGAAAUAAUAGGUCCCGCCACUGUGAGCAACAUGGGAGUCUUUGCUAGAAAUUAAAGACUAGAUGUAUAGUCCAGAUCACGUUAGGUUAUGGUGCAGAGGUGCUUAGAUAUGUGGUUUCAUCAAUCAGUGUAUGUGGUUUGUGUGUACAAAAUGAAAACAGUGUUGCAGUGGAAACUAGUGAGAAUAAGUAUGCAUGUCCUUCCUGAAAGCCUUGUAAAAAAGAAACCUUUACCCCUUUGCUAAUAUAUUUUUGCUAUUUCCAAUGGAGGCAUAAUUUAGAUGAAACAUAUUUUUGUCCCAGUGUGCAUAAUUGUGUGUAUCUGUGUAUGGAAUAUGGACUACUGCUAUGUUAGGGACUCCUCAAACAUUGUGGCCCACAUAGAGAAUAUGAAGAACUACUAAAAGAAUGACAAAACCGAGUAAAAACAUUUAUAAAACAGAGAAAAGUGAAGGAGAUUGAAAUGGGGCAGAUAAGAUGGAUGAAGAAUGCUUCUGCAUUCCACUUUGUGUCAGGCAGAUUUUAUGCCUGAAAAGUAUUAAAAUAUGGCCUAUUUCCUGUGCAGACAGUCUUCAAAAGAAGAAAAAGAAUAUCCUUGACACCUAAGAUCACAGUCAGCUUUGUAGCUUUUGUUGGUGAGGAGGUACAGCCAAAGCAUUAACCUGAAAUCUAAAUCAAGGACCUGUGGGGUCCUCCCAUCUCUCUCCAAAAAGGAGAACACAAGCCCUUUCUGCCUCCUACUCAUUAUCGCACUGUUAUCAAAACAUUCUCUCUCACAUAACGCCAGCUUUUUUUUUUUUGUCUUUCUCAAGUGCUGUUCCAAGAUCAAAGGAAGGGAUGUUGUUCGUUGUAUCGACAAUUUAAAGAGAGAGAAAUCUAGUCACUUGCUUUUUUCUCCUUUACAGCCUUCUGCUGUCAGGCGCUCUUUGUAUGCCUUGUUUGGUGUGGCUGACUCGACCCCAUUUAAAUGUAAAUAGCAAAUUGACUAGCGAUGGCAUGCCAGGGACACAGAUGAAUACAAACGAGAUUUUGGGGUGCGGGGGAAUGGUUUUAAGCUGUCGUCCUCUCAUCACUUCCAUAAGUAAUAUUGCUGGACACACUACUUAUCUCGCCCUCUUCCCUUCGUGUCAGCCAUGUCAUGUUUGUGAUGGAGGCUUUCUGAAAGAAAGAAAAAAUUCUUUCUUCAUUUAUUCUUUGCUGGUGUGCUGGCUCCUAUAUCUUAACCACAAGCACUGGAGGAACCCUGACCAGUCUGAUUACUCCUGACAAAAAUGAAACUCUUAUUCAUUAAAAAGACAACAUAUUGUCAAGCAGGAAGUCACAUUACUGCUAUCGACUCGGUGCUUCCAGAUUUAAUAUGGUCACAUCUCUGUAGAGUGGGAAACUGUGACCAAAUCAGGUACCUUUAUUAAUCAAGACUUUGUGUGGAGACCUCGGUAACCAUUAUCCAGUUCAAAAUGUCUGUAGUUGUGUGUUGUCAAUAUCAUGCCAAACUUUUCAGAGCUGAUCUUACAUUUAGUAUGUUGGAAUCUAGAGUAGCUAAACAUGAUCAAAGUUGCUUUGAAAAUGCUUCAAACCAAACAUAUCCUAUCUUUGUUUUGUAGGCAUUUACCAGGUCUUUUUUUUUUACAGCAGUUACAAGGCCAGAUACAGAAAUAGGACAAGCAAAUAAUUAUAAGCAAAAUUUCCUCUAUUCUACAAUCCUUUUUGUGUUUUACAUUGGGUAUACAAUUGUACAUUUUAUUUCAGUGGGACGUAUUGUGAAGUAUCUGAGUGAAUGUAAAUAAUGUUUUGAAACUGAAAUAUUUGAAAAAGAAAUGGGAUAUUCAAAACAAUGACCUGUGAAAUGUAAAGUAUUUUAUUUCAAGAGCAGUUUUUAUAACUUUUGUAAGGAAAAAAAACUGAGAGCGAUGUUCGCUUUUACAAAGUUGCUUUUUAUCUGUAUGUUGUCCUAGCAUGCAGUUGAGUUGUUUUUAUGUACCUGUAGUACGCUCAGCAGUGGUAGGCAGGUUUAGUGGUUGAGGCCGUUAUGUGGGCUGGUUCUCUGCCCUGCAUUUUGUGAUUGCACAUUGCAAUUUGUUUGCGUCAACCUCUUGUUUUGUAUUAAAGUGCACAUACUUUAUUCUGA